CGUUCUUUCCAUAAAAUCCAUAUACAGAUAUAUGGCUCGUCUAUGGAAACUAUCUAUAACUCCUCUUGUGAACAGAGUCGCGUACUUUCAUUUUAUUUGGAUUUUUUCCAGAUACAGCUGUAUUCGAACUACAUCGCAAUCACCUGCCUCCAAAAGAAGUUCGCAAUACCCAAGUUAUCGGCUUACAAUGAUGAAAUCCAAGUACAUUAUCGACGUUGACACGGGAGUUGACGACGCACAGGCGCUUAUGCUGGCGCUCUCGAGACCGGACGUUGACGUCAUAGCAAUCACGUGCGUGGCCGGAAAUGUGCCCGUUGACCAGGUCGUUCUAAACACUCUCAAAAUCCUUACAGUGUGGGGACGUCUGGACAUUCCAGUGUUCAGGGGCGCCAGUAGCGCCAUGGUGGUUGAAGGUUUCACCGCCACCCAUUACCAUGGGAAAGACGGCCUCGGAGAUGCUGACCUUGACAUCGCCGUAUCCAGGGACCAAGCGCAAAAAGAGCAUGCUGUAUCAGCCAUAAUAAGACUUGUCAAUGAAAAUCCAGGGGAGAUUACUCUGGUUGCCCUUGCCCCACUGACCAACAUCGCCCUUGCCUUGCGUCAGGACCCUGCACUCGGCGAGAAGUUGAAGAGUAUCACGGUGAUGGGAGGAAACACACAAGGUCGUGGGAACGUCUUACCGUGUGCCGAGUUUAACUUCGCCGUCGAUCCUGACGCGGCGUUCGUGGUGCUGAGCGAAAUGGGGCGGAACCUGACAGUGGUGCCUUGGGAAGUCAACCUCACUGCGGCAACAGGACAACCUUGGGAUUUUUACGACAAAUGGGUGGAGACAGACACUCCGAAAGGGCGCUUUAUGAAAGCAAUUGUCAAAUUACCCGCCUACCGUCAGCGAAUCGAGCGCAAAAUGCCAAUCUACAGGUCAUGUGACCUGAACGCGAUGCUCACAGUUGUCGAUCCUUCAUUGGUCAGUAGCACCAGUGACGUAUACGCGACAGUUGAAUUAGCGGGAAAAUAUACACGUGGAAUGAUGGUGGUUGACUGGGAUGGAUUAAUAGGAAAGAAGGCUAACAUAACGCUUGUGAACGCCAUUAAUACGAAACUGGCUCAGCCACUUCUAGAAGAUAUGCUUCUUUGAAAAAAUAGAGCUUCUUUGAAAACAAUCCGUUGUUUUCAGGGACUAUUAACUCUACAUCAUUAAUUGUUAUAUUUGAUUCUCAUGAACAAAUAUACCU